AUGGAUUCAUCAGACAGAACCAACAGGACAUGGAUUCGCAUGAAACUUUUUAAAAAUUCGCGCAUUUCUAUAGUCAGCCUCUGCAAAUUUCGCUACUCAAUCAACAACAUCCACAAGCUUGUCACCAUAGCCGAUUAUCGGACGCCUCAUCCAGUCUCACUGGAGCGGCUACCACCCGAAAUUCUACUCCCAGUAAUUACUAGCCUUCCGAAUCUUGACUCACUUUGGAAUCUACUGCAAGCCUCUCCACAUGUAUGGCGUCUCUUUGAAAGUGGUUCCAACUCUCUUCUCAUCCUCGAAGGCAUACUCUCAGGACCACACUCAACUACACCGCUAAAGGUCAGAGAGCUUAUCAGAGGCGUGAUACUUGUUCGUUCUGGGGUACUUCCCUUUGAGGAGCUGAAAGUGUUUGGGGUUGGAUUUAUGAAGGCUAUGAUCCCCAUGCUUGUUCCGGAUGACCCCAGAGUCAAGACCUUGGGUCCUGAGUCACUAUCUUGCACGUCUGAUCCAGCAGUACUCAGAUCCGUCGUCGCAACAGCUUACCAUAUAUCGGCUCUAUCACAAUCAUACCUUGCAUCUUGCUUGGAAAAGCUGCGAGACCCGAGUUUCCGGCCACUCCAUGCUUAUGACCCAACACCACACUAUACGCAUGACUACAGAGACACUGAGGAGUGGGUUCCUGCCUGGGAUCGCGAAUUUGUUGGAACACCUGUUUCCAUUGUUGAUAUGGGACAGCCAACAUGGAUAGAGGAGAUGCGUGUAGUGCGAGUGUUGUGGAUCAUACAGCUCGUAGGCGAGAUGCAACUCCUCGUCACACACAAGCCAGACAUUGGAUGGUCCAAAGACGAUAUAUCUGUUCUAAUUGGCAUGGGUCCGGUUGAUCUAUUCCACGAGCCUGACAGUCCAAUCUGCGAUACAGAGCCAAUCAAAUCGGCAGUGAACUAUCUUGCAACACUCCGAAAACCUGAUAAAGACAUCUUUUAUCGAUUUCCACCAGCACCUCCACCGUCAGUCGACAACCGAUGGAUAACAGCACUACCAAAUUACAACGAAAGAACUAUGCAAGUCAGAGGUUAUCGCUUGAAUGGGAAAUUCCAAUGGUUGAGGAAAGGGUCCCAAGUACCAGAAGGCGCAACUCCAGUGGAGGUACUAACAGGUACUGAGGAGUAUCAAUGGGAACAGACCGUUAAAGCAUUCGACUUUCGGCCCCACGGUAUUGAUCUUUGGAGGCAAUUGAAGAGUGAUGACUUUCUUCAAGGGUCGCCUAUUCCUGGUGUUAGUUUCAAAUCGUUUCGUCCGUUGGGUCUUGCGUUUUGGGAGAGAAAGAGACUGUGGCUAUUGGGGUUGGCGCCUGGUUUAUAUGAUAGAAAGGAUGUACUGAAUAACUUUUACUUCUUUACUUGGGAGAGUAUCAUGCCUCCCGAGGAGGUUGCUGAGAUCAAGACCAGAGCUCGGGAAGGUCGGGGAGGAUAG